AUGCAACACAAAAACUCGCAAAGCGCAACAGCAACAACAAGGACAAGUUGGAAUGGAAACUCAGAAUUGUUAACAGCAUCGUUGCAACAACAACCAAUGGAGAGGCCAGCAAUCGAGUCCAGGUCUAAAAUCGGACCUGGCCUCUUGCUCUUUCCCGGAACGGCCCAAAGGCAUCACGAAAAUCAGGUUUCGAAGAACCUGAACAUGAAAUCGACAACGGCAAAUGCAAAUUUAAAUGCUAAUGAGAACCAAGUGGUUGUUAAUCAGCGAAAACCGUGCAGUAUUCGCAGUUUUCGACGACCGCCGCUUUGGCAACCGCGGUCAGCGAUAGUGAAAAAGGCCGAGAAACUGCCAGAGAAGGUUCCUGAACAGAGUGAACUCGACAUUGAGAGCUCUGCCUGCAUGUCAAAAGCACAGGCAUUCGUUAUCGAGUUUCUACAGGGCUCAUCCAUACACGGCUUUAUUUAUUUGGCCAAAUGUGGUCUCAACUUUUUGGAACGUAUGCUCUGGUUUGCAUUCAUCUGUGUGGCCCUCUUCAGCAUCAUCUCGUUGAGCCAACGCACUUGGCAGCGGUUUCAGACCUCGCCCAUGGUCAUCUCCAUGGACCGCAACAAACUUGUGUGGAACACCAGUUUUCCAUCGUUGACUGUCUGUCCCCAUAAGCGCAUCGACGACCUCAAAGUGGAUGAUUAUAUACUUGCACACAGCGAACAGUUUGAAGACGAGGACGAUAAAGAGAAUUUCCGGGAUUUUAUUGUAAAACUUGCCAGUCUCACAUAUGACAAUUUGGAAACUCUGCCGCUGAACAAAUCGUAUGGCAUCGAUAGCAACAAUUACUUGGAUAUACUCUAUGAAUUGAAAUGGCCUUUUGAACCGGAAAUCAGCAGCGGCGCCGCUGUCAAAAUGUUUAUAUACGAGACGCAAACAGAGUUUGGCAUUUGCCACUCAGUCAAUUCGCUUGUGGCCAGAUACAAUUCCUAUUACUAUUGGCGUGCUGGAGACUGGAAUCUACUAGAUCAUGGUGAUCGGGUGACAGUUCAUCCGCUGGAUGGCGAGAUUUAUGCGCAGAUCAUAAAUUUAUCCACGGCCUACGAUGUUUAUUUCCAUGGUGCUGGCGAUGUACCCAGCAUAUCCAAGCAACGUUACACAUUCCCAGAGAGUGACUACACCACUGUGGAGCUCAUUGCUCUGGAGAUCUAUACGAAUGAGGAAGCCAGAGCAUUCACCACCAAACAACGCAAGUGUCGCUUUCAAUAUGAGGCCGAUGGUAUGCAAACUGUUCCCAUUUACAGCUUCGGCUUGUGCCUCUCCGAGUGUCGCAUGUUCUUUGCCCUCCGCAUUUGCGGCUGUGUUCCUCACUUUUAUCGCAAUCGCUUGCGCAACGGUCGACUUCUGCCGGUGUGCGGUCUGGAGUGUAUCGGUUGCCUGGUCAGAAUUAAACGGGAGAUUAUCUCCUUAAAGUCGGACAAAUAUAAUAUCCAUUGUAAUUGUUUGGGCAACUGCGAUGAUUCCAACUUUUUUGUGCAGUCCUAUAGGUCGCGGGUCUGGUUCCUGGGCGCUAAUCUACAAUGGGGCAUUAUUGAUUAUCCCAAAAUGCAGCUGCGUCGAGAUGUGCUCUUCUCCUUUGCCGACGUCUUGGUUUAUAUUGGCGGUCUGGUUGGUUUCUUCUUGGGUUGCAGUGCUCUCAGCUUUACGGAAAUUAUCUACUAUUUUACGGCACGUCUAGUUCGUCGCAUGUUUUGCAAUUAAACUCGGAACAGAGUUUUAUCAAAAUAAUAUUACAAUUCACAUCUCUCAUGGCAAAUAAAAGUACGUUUAUUGGCCUCGCAUCAAUCAAUAAUAAAAUACAUUUGUGCAAAGUUGACAAAAAUC